CACUUUGACCCACCCCGUUUCGUCUUCUCCUUUCUGUGACUCUAUUUCUACUCCUGCACUGCAUUGGUACCUUUGCGCCUGAUUCCAAUACAUCCCCUUCGACGCAGUACCCAGAGCUGCAUUCCAUUCCAGGCCUUCUUAUACCUACAAUUUGAAACCCUGCCCCUCUUUCGGCGCAAAUCCUCCUCUUUAUAACCAUACCACCUCCCAGAAAUGGCCCGUCAACCCUCUCUCGACUCUGAGCGUCCCAUCAUGGCUCAAUCGAACCGAAACUCAAAGCGAUUCUCCACCGUCAGUGGAAGCCCAUCGCUGGCUGCCUCCGAUCGCACCAACGGCACUCUCCCCAGUGGCGACCCCAGAAUCGCCGAUAUCUUCCAGCUCCACGAUGGCUUCGAGCGCCUCGAGAGCAAGCCUCUCAACAAGCAGCGAUUUGUCCCCACAGAGGAGAAGUCAAACAACCUGAACAAACUCGCUCUCGGGGCUAAGGUCGAGCGCGCUCUCGGCAGGAGGAUGACUGGCCAAGACGCUGUCAUGCGCAAGCCUCUCUCCGAGAAGACCGAGGCGCGAACUGACUAGCCCUAAUCGUGACGAUAUAUCUAGGAGACAAAUGACUUGCCAUGUGCUUUGUUCGUUGCAUGGUUGACCGUCUCUGAUCGUUCGCUUGUUUCUUGUUCCCAAUCUCUGCUUUUUUCGUCUCAACAUCCGAGCCUCUAUCGACACGGCUCUUAUGAUUGCUGUCUUUUGUUACAGUCACCCUUUCAUGUCCUAUCAUACCCCUCUUUUUUUUUUUUUUUUUCGGAUCAGUUUGUGGCGUUUUGACUUGAUGAGAUUCCCAUUAUUUCCUUGAGUAUGAACUCCCGGAUCUGGUAUUUUCUCUUUUUUUUUCGUUUCUCUUAUUUUUCUUGUCUGACUGUCACGUACCUUGAAUUAUUAUGAAAAC